AUGGAUCCCCAACCAUCCGACGAUGCAUCUCAACCCCCCUCCCUCGCAUCCCGAAUGCGCUCCUAUGAAGCAUCCACCGACCACAUCCUCCCCACCAACCAACCCAUCAUCCUGCGACUCGACGGCCACGGCUUCUCCCGCUUCACCUCGCGCUUCUCGCGCCCCUUCGACGAGCGCAUCCACAACGCCAUGAUCAACACAAGCAGCGAUCUCCUACAUUUCUUCCCGCAAGCCACCCUCGCCUACACGCAAUCCGACGAAAUCACCCUCGUCUUCCCCUCUGGCGUGCAAACUUUCAACGAGCGAGUCCAGAAACUCUGCAGCCUAAGCGCGAGCUACUGUUCUGUGCGCUUUAAUCGCCAUCUCGAGCUUGCGCUGCAGGAAAUGCCCAACCCGCCCGUCAAGGGCGACAUGGAGCACGUGCUCGGCACAGCGCACUUCGACGCGAGGUUCUUCCCCGUCCCGUCGGUGCAGGAGGCACUGAAUAAUAUUAUCUGGCGCUGUCGCAAUGAUGCGGUGAGGAAUGCGGUUUCCUCGUUUGCACGAACACUAUAUACGCCGAGUGAAUUGCAUGGCAAAAAGACAAAUGAGCUUAUUGACCUCAUGUUGAAGGACAAGGGCGUCAAGUAUGACGAGGCGGUUCCCAAGUGGGCGAUUGAAGGCUGUUUGAUUAAGCGUGAGCAGUAUGAGCAUCAGGGUGUAAAUGCAAAAACGGGUCAGGUGGAGAAGACGUUUAGGACGAGACCCAGGGUUGAGCAGAGAGGCCUGACCAUCUUUGACGAGGCGGGUCUCAAGUUAAUCACACACAAGUAUUGGUAG